GUCAGUUGUUAUUCGACUGGCUCGUAGAACGGUUGAGCACACUCGAUGCACCCAAGAAAUUAAUUGAAAUUUUGUUCAGAUAAAUAAUCAAAAUUUGUGGGCAAUAUGAAGUGCCUGACAGUAUUCGCUGUGAUUGUGGCCAUAUUCGGAGCCAUCGUCGGUUACGGUUAUCUGGUCUUCACUGAUCUGACACGUCCGCUGCCCAAGCCGGACUACAAAGACGACACCUAUUGGGGUCGUGGAGAUGGCAAGAACUAUGCGCCCGAUGAGAAAAUCUACGAUUUUGUGCUCGAUGUGCCACAGGCAGAGAUUGACGAUCUGCGUCAGCAAUUGAAUCGCACUCUCAAGCUGGCCGAACCGCUGGAUGGCAUUGCUUUUGAGUAUGGUUUCAAUGCCUACGCGCUGCAACAGUUUGUGGAUUACUGGCGCGACAAGUACCUGACCAAGUGGGAUGAGCGUCAAGCAUAUUUCAAUGAAUUGAAGCAGUACAAAACCGAAAUUCAAGGCUUGAACAUUCACUUUAUCCACGAACGCGUCGAGGAGGAGGUGGCCGAAAAGAAGCAAGUGGUGCCACUGCUGCUGCUCCAUGGCUGGCCAGGCUCAGUGCGUGAAUUCUACGAUUUCAUUCCCAUGUUGCGCAAGGAGACUAACAUCAGUGACUACGCCUUUGAGGUGGUUGCACCCUCCCUUGUCGGCUUCGGCUGGUCAGAUGCGGCGACACGUCCCGGCUUCAAUGCUGCUGAAAUGGCCACCGUGAUGCGUAAUCUGAUGUUGCGACUAGGCCACAAGAAAUUCUUGGUUCAAGGCGGCGACUGGGGCAGCAUUAUUGGCAGCAAUCUGGCCACACUAUAUCCCGACAAUGUGCUGGGCUACCAUUCCAAUAUGUGCAUCCUGAGCACACCGCUGUCCAUCCUCAAGAGCAUAUACAUCAACUAUUAUCCGGAGAAAGUGCUCAUCACUCGCAUGUUCUAUGAUCAUCACGUUGGCAUUUGGGACAAGUACAAGCAACUGAUCGAGGAGAGCGGUUAUUACCACAUACAAGCCACCAAACCGGACACCAUUGGUGCUGCCCUCGACUCCAGCCCGGUUGCGUUAGCCGGCUAUAUACUCGAAAAGUUCCAGACCUGCACUGGUCCCGCUCUGAAUCAGGACUUUGGUGCCAUGGUCACGGUCUACGGAUUGGAGGCAGUGCUUGACAAUCUGAUGGUCUAUUACCUGAACAGUGCGGCCACCACAGCUGGACGCUUCUAUGCGGAGAAUUCGGCCAAGGCCUAUCGUGAUCUGCAGUUAGAUCGCGUACAGACCCCUGUGCCAAUGGGCUGCGCCCGUUUCCGCAAUGAUCUGCCUCCGGCUUCGGACUGGCAAUUGCGUGACAAGUUUCCCAAUCUGAAGCACAGUAUGUAUUUCCAGCACGGCGGACACUUUGCCGCCAUGGAGAUGCCAUCGAUGUUGUACAAUGAUUUCACGACAUUCGUGCAAAAGAUCGGACUGAAUGAUGAAUAAUUUGUAAUUCAUUUGAGAGUGAUAAAUGCCAACUUUGUUAUGGCUCCCGAAGGAGCUUCAAUUAGUUCUUUAAUAAAGUAAAUCCAAAAACGA